GGGCAAUUUCUCGGGCGGAUGCCCGUGGCUUCAUCAGCGGGUUGCGGCGGGCCCCGGGCCCGAGGCCGAGCGGGCGGUGAAGCAGCGGCGGCCGGGGCAGGCCGGGGCUCGGCCAGAGGCUGCCCGUCGCUUUGUGAGCUUGAGGGGGGAAGCUGCGAGCGAAGAACGGUGAUGAGGAAGCUUCGUCACGGGGUCUCUGAGCCGCUUCCAGCGCGGCCGCCUCGGAGCCCCCCGCGCAGCGGCAGCCCCGGGGGCGCGGGCUGCGCUGGCCCUGGCGCCUGGCCGGCGGAGGGCCGCGGCCCGCCGGGUUCCGCUCCCCGGGGCUGCUGGUCGGGGGCCCCUGCGUGCCGGGGUGGAAGGGAAGCAAGCGCGAGGCCUGACAGUCCCCGCACGCACCGGCGCGUUGCGGUCGGCCGUGUGGUCCUGUCUUGGAGGAGUCGGGAAGCUGGGAGCUUCUUUUUUUUGUUGAGAAUUAUUAACGAUUUGGCUGCAGUGAUCAGUUUGUUUCCUGGGAUGCUUUUAUUUAGUUCUGACGUUCUUCUGAACAUUCAGAGGAGGCUUUUCUGUCUGAACAAUUGAAGCCUGGUGGAGUAUUGCGAUGGCAGCUCAGAUGACUGAUGCUCAUCGGCGGUUCUUGCAGGUCCUCAUGUCUCAUGGGAUAAUGGAAGGAUCAGAGGCUAGGAAACUACACAGGCGCUGCUGCGAGGUCCAUAAAGUCUACUACGCACAUGAUAAACUGGAUGAUUUCAUCAGUACUAUUAACAGCCAUCUACAGCCUUUGUUUAUGCAGAUCCGGAAAGGAAUGUCAGAAGGCGAUGGGAGAGCACAUUAUGCUUUAGUGAAUUUGGCAGAAACUGAAAUAACUAAAAUGGCAUCUGACUAUACAGAAAAUGAAUUAGAAUUGUUCAGAAAAACAAUGGACCUAAUCAUUUUAUCAGAAAAUGGCUUUGCCUCUUCUACAGAUAUUUUAAACUUGGCUGACCAACUUAAGACCAAGAAAAUGAAGAAAAAGGAAGCGGAACAAGUGCUGAAAGCUUUUGUGGAAGAUAAGUGGCUCUCUGAGAGAAAUGGAGAAUAUACUCUGCAUACUCGCUGCAUAAUUGAGAUGGAACAAUAUAUUCUCAGCAACUACCAAGAUGUGGCGAGGAAGUGUAACAUCUGUCACAGCCUUGCCAUCCAGAGCCAAGUAUGUGAAUCCUGUGGAAUUGGAAUACAUUUACCUUGUGUCAGAAAGUACUUUAAAGCUCAGACUGAACCACGCUGUCCACAGUGUAAUGACUUCUGGAUGUGCGACAUUCCAGGUAUGAGUCAGGCAGACUCCCAGUCAGCAUCAAAAACAGGGAGAGCAGAGAAGAGCUUCGUUGUCAGCACUAGACGAUGCUAGUGAAACUUGCUUUCAGUGAAAUCUCUUUCCCCACUUCUGCAGAAUUGUAUUCGCAGACUGUAUUGUAUUCACUGGUAACAGCGCAUUGUUCAGUGUACUUAUAUUUUCCUGAAGUUUUAAGAAUCUUACAAUAAAAUUAUCAUGGACCUUC